GCUGUUGUGGGCGGAGGAGAAAUCGCGUCGGCGGCAGGCGAUGAUGUAAAAAGGCCGCGCCGUACUUUGGAUAGUGGGGCUUCCGCGAGAAGGUUUCCUGGCCUGUUGCAGCCAUGGUGCAUUGCAGUUGCGUGUUGUUCAGAAAGUAUGGAAAUUUCAUCGAUAACCUAAGACUCUUCACCAAGGGAGGAACCGGUGGAAUGGGUUAUCCUCGUUUAGGUGGAGAAGGUGGAAAAGGUGGUGACGUCUGGGUUGUAGCCCAGAACAGAAUGACUUUAAAACAACUUAAAGACAGGUAUCCUCAGAAACGGUUUGUGGCUGGAGUAGGAGCAAACAGCAAAAUUAGUGCACUGAAAGGCUCCAAAGGAAAAGACUGUGAAAUCCCUGUGCCUGUGGGUAUUUCAGUAACUGAUGAAAAUGGUAAAAUUGUAGGAGAACUCAAUAAAGAGGAUGACAGAAUUUUGGUAGCUGAAGGAGGUCUUGGUGGUAAAUUACUUACAAAUUUCUUACCGUUGAAAGGCCAGAAACGAGUAAUUCACCUUGAUCUAAAACUUAUAGCUGAUGUAGGCCUAGUAGGAUUCCCAAAUGCUGGAAAAUCCUCUUUGCUAAGUCAAGUUUCUCAUGCAAAACCUGCGAUUGCAGAUUAUGCAUUUACAACAUUAAAGCCUGAACUUGGAAAGAUUAUGUACAAUGAUUUCAAACAGAUAUCAGUAGCUGAUCUUCCAGGUUUAAUAGAAGGAGCACAUAUGAACAAAGGAAUGGGCCACAAAUUCCUCAAGCAUAUAGAAAGAACUAGACAACUACUUUUUGUUGUUGAUAUUUCUGGAUUUCAGCUUUCUUAUCGCACUCAAUACAGAACUGCUUUUGAAACCAUAAUACUGCUUACAAAAGAGUUGGAAUUGUACAAAGAAGAGCUUCAGACAAAACCUGCACUUUUGGCAGUUAAUAAAAUGGACUUGCCAGAUGCUCAAGAUAAGCUCCAUGAAUUGAUGAACCAGCUCCAGAAUCCUAAAGAUUUUCUGCAUUUAUUUGGAAAAAACAUGAUUCCAGAGAGGACUGUAGAGUUCCAACAUAUCAUCCCCGUAUCUGCAGUUACUGGAGAAGGAAUUGAAGAAUUAAAGAACUGUAUAAGAAAGUCAUUGGAUGAACAGGCCAACCAGGAAAAUGAUGCAUAUCAUAAGAAACAGUUGCUUAAUUUGUGGAUUUCUGAUAAAGUAUCUUCAACAAACACUGUGCAGUUUGCUGUAUGUACCCAUGUUGAAGAGAACAGACGGGACCUAUUGUCCUUGUAUAUCUCACAUUUGAUAACAGAAACUUCAGGGGAUUGGAAUAGACUCAUUUAUUCACAACAAAAGAAUAAGAAUGAGGAAAAGCAUUUGGAAUUUGUGCUGAUCACAGUGACCAGGCUUUGUAUUGGAUUGAAGCUGGAGACCUAUAUGUACAGGAAAUGUGAGAGGCAGUGCUAGAAGACAGACAUCUAUGGAAUGAUCCAUAUCCUUUUAAGUUAUGAAAAUGAAGGUCUACUUCAUUAAGAAACUGGAGGUGAGGUGAAGGUGAGGAGAGCACUUAACAAUAAGGGCACCAGUCAGGGGAAUCCCCUUAUGUGGGACAUAAAGAAUUGAAUCUCCUGAAAAUAGAGAUUAGGCUGGUGGUCAUCAGAGAUCAGGAAGUGUACGGUGGAGUAGGGAUUUGAAAAGAAGUUGAUAGGAACAAAUACAUGGUUUGAUAGACGAACUGAGAACUAAUGUUAGUACGGUGACUGUAGUUUACAGUUAUGUGUUGUAUAUAUCAAAAUAGAAGAGAAUUCAAAUGGUUUUAGCAUAAAGAAAACAAAUAUUUAAAGUAAUAAAUAUCCCAAGUACACUGAUUAGAUCUUUACAUAUUAUAUGAAUGUAUUAUAUGAUCAUUUCUACUUUGAAACACU